GUCCGAAAGAAGGGGAGGGGGAACAUCCGUGUGGCUCAUUUCAUCUGCGUCCGCACGGCAGCAACUUCACAAACAUGUCGGAAACACGGUGAAGCGGCUGUGGGGAGCACCGACGACCGACCCACACUUUACGCGGGCUUCCACCGAUUUCGUUAGAGCCCUGGACCCAGUCUACUUCCUGUCCAUCUCUACAUGUGUCUGAGCAUCAUUGUGAGACUGUAACUGGGAAUUGCCUCUCCUGCCUCCUCCUCCGUUUGUUUCCCUGUGGCUGAGAUCCUCCCCCAUUGGAGUCACCCACACAGAUCUGCAGGCCUCCUACUCCACUCAUGGGUGUUCUGUAAUCCUCUGUGCAGCAGCGGCGGGCCAUCAGCGCUGCACAUGCUCUCUUUUGUCUUGGCGGCUGUUGUAGCAGUGGAGGCCUCCCUCUGCAGAGGCCAUGAGGGAGAGCAGACGGCAGCAUAAAGAGAAUGGGGGGUGAGACUACGUGAUGAGGCCCGGCCAUUAUCACCACACGCCAAACACAAACUCAACCAACAGUCCACUGGGACACGUCUGCUUUUCAUCUGUGCAGCAGAAACAAAUGCAGUGAAAAGACGAGACAUUUUUCCCUGAUAUAUUUUUCUACUUUUUCAUUUCUGGUGACCCUUUCAUUUGCCACCUGCCAAAAGUGCCUUUUCUGUGACUUUUACUCAUCUUGCUUCGUUUUGAGGUUCUCUUCUCUACCAAGUAUCUUCUGUAGUUUACUAUAACAGACAGGAGGUGUGUGUUUCCAUAUUUUGGAUCAGAUAAAGGUUUGGAAUCAGCCACGGCUGAACCCAACAUCAACAGUUUGGAGUUUUUAUUUGGAAUUUAUUUCAGCUGAAACGGACCGGCAGGAACUAGACCCUUCACCAUGGUUGGGUUGCAGUCCAGAUGGCGCUACCUGUUAAUGUUCCUGGGCAUUCAGCUGGUUGUCAUGGCGCUGCUGUCCCGAGAGGGGUACCACAAGAGGGUCACCUACUUUAUCCGCAUCUUCCGGAAACCAGACUUAACAAGUUCAGAGCAUCACAACCGCACAGCUGUCACCGUGGCUGCAGGAGACGUCUACGCCAACUUGUUUAACCUGUCCAAAUCUCACAGCCAUGGAGACAACAUGCCUUACUGUCCAGAGACGUCCCCCCUCAUAGGUGGGCCCAUCCAUGUCAGCUUCCCUUCUGGCCUCACCCUGGCUGAGGUUCAGAGGAAAAACCCGCUGGUGAUCCGAGGAGGACGAUACAGACCGCCCAACUGUGAGGCGAGACACAAGACGGCCAUCAUCAUCCCCCACAGGAACCGAGAGCAUCACCUCAAGUUCCUACUCUACUACCUGCACCCGUUUCUGCAGCGGCAGCAGCUCAGCUACGGGAUUUACGUCAUCCACCAGGCAGGAAACUACACGUUUAACCGAGCCAAGCUGAUGAACGUCGGCUUCCGAGAGGCCAUGAGGGAGGAGGACUGGGACUGCCUUUUCUUCCACGAUGUUGACCUCAUUCCAGAGGACGACCGCAACCUAUACACCUGCGACGCCAACCCCAAGCAUGCUGCUAUCGCCAUGGACAAAUUCGGCUACAAGCUUCCAUACAAGAUGUACUUUGGAGGCGUGUCAGCUCUGUCACCGCUGCACUACCUGAAGAUGAACGGCUUUCCCAACAACUACUGGGGCUGGGGGGGCGAAGAUGACGACAUCGGCAUCAGAGUGUCUCUGGCUGGGAUGUACAUCACUCGUCCUUCACUGAAAACUGGACGCUACAAAAUGAUCAAACACAAGCUGGACAAAGGCAACGAUGAGAACCCGAAGAGCUCAGAUCAACUCCAUGAUGCAGGUACCUGGCUGGAACAGGUUCAACAUGUUGGCAAAGACACGCCAGACGUGGAAGCAGGACGGGAUGAACACGCUGGAGUACGAGGUCGUCUCUCGGGACUACCUGCCCCUCUACGCCAACAUCACCGUCAACAUCGGCACUGAGACCGGUCUGCACCCACUUCCUCAGUCGCCUCCCGCCAAAGAUGAGCAGAAACCUGCAGCCAACGCGUCGGCCCGGCGCUAAACGGACCAACACAGAACAAUCUGGUUUCUGAUCAGCUGUGACUGUUCUCCAUAUUUUCUCCUCCCAUCUCAUUGCACCUGGUUGUUCUUCCAAAGGAGCUGUACGAAGAAAUAAUGUUGGACUCUGUGAGUUUGUUUCCACGGCGACGUGGUCGCUGCUAAACCUUGUGGGGCCUUAGAACCAUGUACGUUUGUUUUCACUCAGACCUUACUUUGUGUUGAAAAGGCUGUUAAUUUGUUUUAAAAUUGGUAUCUGAUGAGUUGAGUCACUGCUGGUUCUGAUAAACUGACACACAUAUCCACUAAAUGGCUGAUCUGAGGUCUGUCUCCUAACAUCAGCUGGUUUCUUGACCUUCCAGUAGAUCACGUCCCUGCUUAGAUUGAGUUUGUCAGUGCUUGACUGAUUCUCCUCUGUAUGUCUUUAAUCUUCUCAAAACUGUAAGAAGAGAAAAAUGAACUGCAGCACAGCUGCUUCAGGUUUGAAUCCCGGUUAAAGCUGAAAUAUCUGAGCAGCAGGGAGCAGCAAUGAGCUAAUUUAUUAUAAAAUCCUAUUUUGAGUUUGAUUUUUGGGUUUCUCUGAUUGGUUUGGGGAGUUUUUUUUUAAGGUUUCUGGUUUUUUACUUUGGUUUUCUGAGGAUGAAGAUUACCUGAAUAUUCCCGUCUGUACUGUACCCUGAUUCUGCUCCGACGGCUGAUUGUGUCCUUGUGAAAUUCUGUUGGUCCAGUGAGUUUGGCUUCACUGGCAGAAGAAACCAAAGAGCUUGGUGUGAUUUCUGUUGGCUCUCUAAACCCUGUGAAGGCGUUUCGGUGUUUUGUGAAUGAAGCUCUGAGGUUCUCCAUACACCUGGAAUCCGGAGGCAUUCCCAUAGGAAUGUGGCCUUAACAGCAGCAGCUGGUUACCCCUAUGGAUCUGAUAUCAGGAGCUGGGAAUAAACCUCCAGGAGAACAUCUGAAGCAUGAAGACUGAACUAAAAAUGGAUUUUUUUCCCUCCAGGUUUGCACUCUCUGAGCUGAACCUGUUUGCUCUCAAUCGUUGAAACGCAGCGAGCCGACCAGUUUCUGAUUUGAUGUGACGGAACAUUGGACUCACAGGGUUGGGUUGGUGGUGAUUUCUGCUCUUCUCUAAAACUUCUGCACAGUCCAGAGUGGCCUUAUACCAUUAAUAAACGUACUUUUCAAAGUAAAAGCUGCUUUUUAAAUUUUUUAUUUUUUAGGAUUGCAGCUUUUGGUUCCAGGUAAGCCGUUUUUAUUAGAAAGGUUGGCCUUCCCAAAACCAAACCAGACAUCUGAUUUUCUGCUUUGUGACACCAAAUCUUACAUUUUAUUUCAGCUCUACAAAGUUGAAUGGGAAACAAAAACACUGGAGUAAAGCAGAUGGAUCAAAUCUAAGCUUCAGCAGGUUUUAGAUCGAGGUCUAAAUCUAACAUUUUAAAGGUUAUAUUCCCUUUUUAUAACAGAUAUCAACACUUCUAAACCAAACCAGCUUCAUUAAAACACUUAAAACCCAGAAGUUGUGUUCACAGAACCACAAACUUAAUGAUUUUGGAAAAGUAUGGACAGAAUAAAAAAUAACAGCGUUGUAUUAAUACAAUCAUAAAAGCAAAAUAUCUCCGAUUGUGUCUGGGAGAAGAGCAGGAGGAGGCCUGGCUGAUGUCCAAGAAGUGGUUCCAUCAUUUUGUCAUCUUUGGCCGACUCAGGAUCAGCCCACCUGUGGGAACGGGAGGAUACUUUAUCAAGUAAUUAAAUUUUAUAUUUAGACAUCUAAUUGUCUGAAAUAGGUUUUAAACUCACAUUUUGGAUGUUUUCCUAACAGCGUUUUUACUAGUUAAAUCUCUCGUUGAAUAGUUUUAUUUUUCUAUGUUUAAACUGUUUAUUAAAGAUCUAUUUAUUUAGCGUGUUUGAACUAUAAAAAUACAUUUAAUAUUUAACAGAGCAAUUAAAUAAGUGUUGUUUCCUCCGGAGAAAACAGCAAUUGUAGUUGUGGCCUGUAGGGUGCAGCAUCGAGCCGCUGGUUGUUGUUGCAGCUCUGCGUCUCUAACCGUAGAAGAAAGAGAAGGCGGUGGGCUGCCGACGCGUAUUUAUAUGUCGAUAGUCUCUGCCAGAUCAUCGUCCACUGUAAACAAUGGACGGCGUUAGGGAGCUUAUCACGGAGACGGUAGCUGCUCCACCGGAAGGAAUGUUAACGAACAUUCAGCGAACCGACGGAGAUCUCGACCCUCGGUCCGGAAUCAGCUGGAAACUUGAGAGAAAGCUCCACAGAGCAGCUGCUGGAACCGCUCCACCUCCUCCAAAAGGAGCUACACCCAACGGCUGAAGAGCAGCAGUCCUCCUACUCGUGGAUCUCUGUAUUGGUCAGGAGAACAUGGAACCAAAUGGUUGAUCCCAAUUUCACCUCAGACAUUGCUGAAAUCUAGACAGGCUGAUGGAGAGUCAAACUUUAAACAAGACUUUCUUCCAGGGAAAUUACCACCUUUUUAUUCUGGGAUGCUGGCUUUCAUCCUCCUGAUCCCCAUCAAUGGUUUUGUCAAUCCUUUCCCCAAGUGUUGCUCCUAGAACUUCCUUCAUUCGGAAUGUCCAAGAUUAAAACCUCAGUUUUCCACAUCCUUCUUUCUGGAGAUGUUCCGUUCUGAGUGUCUUAACACCAGAGAAACAUCUGGAUUCACCACACAGAAGAAGAUCCUAAAUGGUCUGGACUUCUGGAAAUCCUGGUUUCUCCCAUGAAUUUCUGCUUGUUAAAUAAAUAUUCCCAACAGUU